AUUUAUGACUUCUUUUCUCAGAGUAUAUAUGUAUGUGUGUGCAUAUAGGCAUGAUGGCAUUGAAGUUGGGCAUUUGAAGUUGGGAUAUAGGUUGAAGACAAGGUAUCAAUUAAGAUGGUGAGGACUCCUUGUUGUGAGAGUAUGGGACUGAAGAAGGGGUCAUGGACUCCUGAGGAAGAUCAGAUCUUAGUUUCUCACAUUCAGCGCCAUGGCCACGGCAACUGGCGGGCUCUCCCCAAAGAAGCCGGGUUAAUGAGAUGUGGAAAAAGCUGCAGGCUUCGAUGGACGAACUACUUGCGCCCAGAUAUCAAGCGAGGAAACUUCAGCAAGGAAGAAGAAGAAACCAUCAUCAAGCUCCAUCAACUUCUUGGAAACAGGAGAGUUCUCUUUUUCCAAUUUCAUUAGUCAUUGAUCUCAUAUAUGGUUGUAUUUUUGUCAUAUCAACCCUAAUUAUAAAAUCAUACUAGUAUAUAAAUAUUGCUGGUAAUAAGGUUUCAUAAAGCUUAAUAGAGAGACUUAAAAUAGACCAUUUGGUGGGGAGGGGAAGAGUAAUACUGAGCUAAUUAAAUUUUAGCAGGGAGGAAGCUUCCCUAGAUUUUUUUAUCAAACUCUUUCAACACUCCUAAGAUAGAGCAUGAACACAGAUAUUAUAUUGAUAAAUUCUGUAAAGAAAACAAAAUUAUUGUACAAGAGAGAAGCAAUUAAUUGGAUGAAAAAUAUGAAGAAUAGAAAUUUGUAUACCUUAGUUUGGAUGAGUGAAUUCUAACAUGAUGUUGUAUUCCAGGUGGUCUGCCAUAGCAGCUAGGCUACCAGGAAGAACAGACAAUGAGAUAAAAAAUUUCUGGCACUCCCAUCUCAAGAAGAGACUGAAACACAAGUUGGCCACCCUAGACACAAUUCCCAAAUGCAAAAUGGGGGAUGCAAGAAGAUCAAAGACUGCAAAUAUGCCGAUGGACCCGAGAAUUGAAAGUCCAGGCCAUGCACCAAUCUUGCCAACCCAGCUCCUGUCAGCUACCACAGCUGGUUCUGCAUUGGAAGCUGAUAGUAUUAAUGGUUCCAGUGCAAAUAGCUGCAAUGUGAAUGAUGAUUUGGUUUUUUGGUACAACCUCUUCAUUAGAAGCGAGAGAGAAACUACCUAGUCUACUGCUUGCAAAAUCUACAUUAUAUUUUCAUACUGCACUCAGUUUCCACAGUUAGAACAGAAAUGCAAGGAGAAGUUGGUUGAGAAAGGACCAUCUGUAUGUAUUAUUGUAGAAUUUGUGUCAAUUGCAGCUGAAUGAUUUUAAUGUAAACAAUGCUGCUCGACAAAAAGGACAAAAUAUUGUUUUAUUAUUAUUAUUAUUACUGAGGUUAUGUUUA